AUGGCAGAACAACAACAACAACAGCAACAACAGCUAUCCUUACUAGAACUACUCCACCUCAACUUCACCCCAAAACCAAAACUAGAAACAGAAGAACAACAACAACAACAAAUGGAAACAUCCCGAUAUAAAUAUGUAUCUGUCUUGGAUAACAUCGUAUCUGUCACACUCGUCGACCAACUACUACUCAACACACCCUCACUCACCAAUACCUCACUCACACCAUCACAACACAACCAUACCCUCAACACACCCACAACAACAACAUCAACAACUGACUACAACCAACUACAACCAACAACAUCAACACCAAAACCAACAAGAUCCCUGAAACCAAUCACCACUGCCACCAUGCAAGCCAUCAACCAACUACCCUCACUCGACAACCAACCACUCUCACCCAAAACUAACACUCAACCAGCCAAUACCAGCACCAGUACGAGCUCAAAGGCAAUCCCAACCGAACAACAACAACCUCCUUCUAACCAGGAGAAAACCAUCAAGCCCACAACAGAGGAAAACUCGGAGGAGAUCAGGAUCCAUAAAUACAUGGCCAUCCAUCUCAUCGACCAGAUCAAGAACACGCCCACCACCUUCUUCAACCCAUUCUCAGCCGAAUCACCCCAAUCACAAACCCAAGCCACCUCAUCCGAACCCAUCCAGAACAAUGACAACCAUCAUCCAUCCAUCCUCGCAUCCCCACACCCUCAUCGUUCAACCACAGAAAACAAGGAGAAACAACCCAAGUCAAACGUCGGACUGAGGAUCAACUCCAGUUUCCCACCGCAAGAACUGGCCAUCUCUACCGGCCAAGCCAAUCCCGAGAUCCUCUACACAGCCGAACCAGCCCCACACGUCCUACCGAUCACACUCUUCCCCUCGAGCAUGGUCUUUUCCCCAGGUAAUAGGGUCGCCGUCGACGGAUUCAUUAGUUAUGCUACCAAGGCUGGUCGGAUCAGAGUCAUCGAUCAGAACAGUGGGGCAAGAAUGUUACUAAGGAAACACGAAGGCCCCGUUCUAGAUAUGUGCAUCGGAAGACCUAGGGCAGUGGUUGGCGAUCUCAAUAGCAAUACGACCAGCAGUCGGAGGUGGAGAUGUAUUGCUAGUGCUGGAUCAGAUGGAAGAUUAGUGAUCUGGAAAGUCCCCGUAAGAUUUGAUGAAGAUACAGCCAACUAUGAGAUCUUGGCCGACAUCCUCUCAGUUAACUCAGACCUCUUACUCGGUCCGGAGAAAGAACUCCUACAAGCUCCCAGUCAUCUUAGAUUCUCUACUAUCAGAUGGCACCCUCACGAUCCUAGUAUCUUCCUCCUUUCCACUAAUGAUCAUCGGUUGAUCCUCGUCAGACUCGAUCGUGGCGCUUUUGCUGCCUCUUGGAAACGUGGUACUCCUCUGGGUAAAUCCCUCUCAGAACUCGAAGCUUUCGAAGGUCAAGACGUCCUGCGCACUAAUUCUGAUGUGGUCGCAUUUGCCUUCAGUCCGGAUGGAUCUGCGUUUGCAUUCGUGACGGAAGAUAAGAUGCUGACAGUACGACAGACCUCCAAACCGCACUGGACGAUCAUGGGUGGCCAACUGCCAUCGAGCCAUGGAUCGAUCACACGUUUAGAGUUCCUGGCAACAUCGGCGGGAGUCAUCAAAGGAUUUCUGAUCACCAAGCGAUUUGGGACCAGGGUGGAGGCGGUCCAGUUGAGCGAAAUCUCGGAGGUGGUCAUUGGGAUCACUCUGCAUCCACCGGAGCCGGUCGACGACCUGCCCCUUCUGCCCUGCUUCGGCCACUCCGCCUGGCAGGCUCAGUACAGUACCGUCCUCCUUUCCAACUCUCUUCGGGGCUCGAUCUUCGCCUUCCACCUCAACUUUUGUGAGAAUUCGUCGGCCGACGACGAGCUCUUGCUUCUCAAGCCAGGCCACUCCGAAGGCCCUCGUCUCGGCGCAGGCACACAACCAUCGGACGACGAUGCCAGCUACAUCGAACGGGUUGCCGCGACUCGUCAAUCCUCUCAGAUGCAACGUAGUCGUUCGAACUCUUGGAUCGCCUCUAGGACGAUGUUCGUUGACCAGAUCUCUGAAGUCCCUUCUCCCGACCCUAUCAUCUCCUUCGUUCUCGAUCAAGGCAUGAGACCUCCCCCCGGCCCCUCCUCCUCUCCAGUCUCCGUCUUCAACCUCCAUCCAAAAGGUAUCCAUCAACUCUAUCUUCCCAAAGAUCUCAUCGACUUCCAAACUCAAUCCGAUCAACAACCUAAUCCCUCUCAACUGGCUGUUCCUCCAACUCGAAGUCGAUCUCUUGCUGGCGAAAUCCUCGUCGAUGUUCAUGUCGAACAUCAAGUCCAAAAGGCUGAGGUCCUUGACUUUUCCGACGACGAUCCGAAAUCGAAACCCCUCCCCCCAUCAGUCACUGCUAAUCCAGUCGACUCAUCUAACCUUGACUCGAAGAAACCUAUACCUCCUUCGACCUCAUCAAAACAAGACCUUAAACCUCGUCGAUCAACUCAUCAUCAAUCUACUUCUUCUGCCUCUCUUCAUCCUUCCCUCAGUGUCCCUCCUCCUUCUUCUUCAUCUAAUUCUGCCCCGGUCGAUCAAAAAGCUCCUCCUUCAUUUGAUGGCUCUCUUUUUUAUAAAGAAUUGGAAAAAAAUCGGACUUCGGUCAUCGAACAAGUCCAUCAUUUAUUAGGAAAGAGUUUAGAUAAACAAGAGCAGAAAUUAAGGAACCAAUUCUUGGCUCAACAAGAGAUAGAAACUCGUCGUCAUGAACAUCUUCUGAAUAUCCUUUCGACUAGUUUAAGUUCAAAGAAUUUAGGUCAGAUCGUCAAGGAGCAAGUCAAAGCCACCCUUGCGGUUAAUGAUAAUCAUCGGGAUCGGGAUCGUAAUCCGAAUCAGAAUCGGGAACCAUCGGAUUCUGAUCUGAAGAUCAUUGAUGGAGUUCGACUUGCUGUUCAGGAAGGCUUGAAGAAGAACCCCCACCAUCAUCCUCAGCAUCAUCCGGAACUCGUCGUCGAUCGCUUUCAUCCGUCUUUGGGCCACGAGGGACUUAAUAAGCUGCGCUGGAUCUGGAGCUGUAUCAAUGCUAUUGAUGAACACGAUCAACAAACUGCACAGUACUUCGAUCGCGUCCUUGAUCUCUGUUAUCUCCAUCUGGCAUCCAGGAAAUCGAAGUUGGGCUUGAGUCCUCAGCUCCUCAAUCUUCAUCCUGCCAACCCGCUUCCUCAGCUACACGGGAAUCAGGAAAUCGACGGGAUCAAUCAAGUGUUGUGGAUUAUUCAAGACAAAUUACAAAAAUUUAAGAAUCUUGUUGGAUAA